GUGAGAGGGGUCUUUUUUUUGUUUUCCCGUAUCCGCCAUUUCAGUUUUUGAAGUUAGUUGUCAUCGGUCGUAGGAUUGUAGCUGGAAUUCUGACUGCGAAACGCGUUGUAUGGUUAUUAGAGCUAAAUUCUGAUUGUUAUCUAAUCCGUAAUUCUUUUCGUUUUGUGGCUGAGCUUCUAUAUCGGUGAAUUGAUGCCCAACGGCCAGCUGCGGAUGUCGCCUGUUUACUAAACGUGCUCUAGGCGCUAAAGUUUUUGUAUGAGUUGAAGGCUUAGCUUGUGGAUAACGGGAGGGAGAGAAGGGAAGGCCCUGUGAAGCCUCGGCUUUGGAGUGGUUAUCAUGGCAGGAAAUUUUGACGCGGAGGACCGUGGCAGCUGGUACUGGGGUCGGCUGAGCAGGCAGGAGGCUGUGUCGCUUUUGCAGGGGCAGAGGCACGGCGUGUUUCUGGUCCGGGACUCCAUCACUAGCCCCGGCGACUACGUGCUCUCGGUAUCUGAGAACUCCAAAGUCUCCCAUUACAUAAUUAACAGCAUCAGCAACAACCGACAAUCUGGUCCAGGUUUGGCCCAUCCAAGGUUUCGUAUUGGAGACCAGGAGUUUGACGCCCUCCCUGCUUUACUAGAGUUCUAUAAAAUCCACUAUCUGGACACCACCACUUUGAUAGAACCCAUCAACAAGUCCAAACACACCUCAUUUAUAAGUGUGGGUCCAGGAGGAGGACCUCCACCUCGCCUGGAAGAUGAGUAUGUCAGAGCACUUUUUGAUUUCCCUGGCAACGAUGAGGAGGACUUGCCAUUUAGGAAGGGCGAUAUCCUCCGAGUUCUUGAGAAGCCAGAGGAGCAGUGGUGGAACGCCCAGAACUCUGAAGGCCGGGCAGGGAUGAUCCCAGUGCCGUACGUGGAGAAGUACCGGCCAGCAUCUCCAAGUUCUAUGGCGGGGCCUGGUGCAGCUGGGGGACCACAAGGAGGGAUGGCGAUGCUAGGGAACUCUGAUGGCUCUGCAGCCCAAUCUGGAGCUCCACUGCUGGGAGACCCUAGCCAGUAUGCCCAGCCCACCCCCCUACCAAACCUGCAGAAUGGACCUGUCUAUGCCAGGGCCAUACAGAAGAGGGUUCCCAACGCUUAUGACAAGACUGCCCUGGCAUUAGAGGUGGGCGACAUGGUGAAGGUGACCAAAAUAAACGUGAAUGGCCAGUGGGAGGGGGAAUGUAAAGGUAAACGUGGCCACUUUCCCUUCACGCACGUCAAACUGCUGGACCAGCACAACGCCGAGGACGAGCUCAGCUGAGAUCGGACAGCCGGGCGCAACCUGGACACUAGUAUUAGACCUCUCCUUACCCCUCCUUUUCUUCCACUUCCACACUACCCCUCCCCCCAGUAUCAUGUCAACCUUCACAAGAACCACUGAGAACAAAACAGGCCCUCGUUGGACCCUUGUAACACACUCACUCUCCCAUUUCCACCCCUAUGAAUAAUCAUGACUGCCCUCCACCACCUGAUCUCACUUCCCAAACAUGGUUCUUGUACUCCAGAGGAACAGGGAAAGUGGACAUGAGCAGAAUUGAAUCCUGUUCCUGGAUCUUCCCUCGUCAUGUCCUCACUAUGGACACAUUAUCAGCCCUCGCUCCUCAGGAGAGUCUUCACUGCAGAGUUCAACCACUUCCUCUUCCUGUGUUGGAGCCAGUAGAUAACUGUCCAUCCCUGUCCUCAUUUCUCACCGCGAUUACAGCACUGUAGGAUCACUCAUGCUGCAUUCAUGUCAGAUAGGAAUAGCAUAUUAUUAAGUAAAAAUACAUAAAUAUCAUGUAUUUUGUCUGAUUUGAAACAGUUAAAAUACCAUCAUCUUUUUUUAUUUUUUUAUUUAAAUUUGAUCCACAUGUUUCAGGCACACAGUGCAUGCAUGCAUUGAGUGAAUCAUUUUUGCAGUGUCAGCCACAAAGAUGGUUAUCAGCCAACAAAUGCAGCAACAUUUUAAUUAUUCUACAUUUGUCCUUCAUUUAACUUGAGUGGUAUCUCUUUAAUGGAAGUGUUUUCAUUCAGAAAAUGACAAACAAGGCCAAUGACUAUGAUUUAAUACCAAAAGCUCGUUGUAGAUGGCUUUAUAGGAGUCUCCAGCUCCUAACCUUCAGAAAGCUCAGCAGAACAAUAUUCCCUAGUGACAUUUAUCACUUGACAAGCUGGUGUUAAAUGUGUUUUUCUAAUUUAAAACCAUGCAUGCAGCUCGUUCUGAUUGGACAUGAGUGCAGCAUUAUUUCUGGGGAAACCCAUACACUAAAUAAAAACUAUAAGAGAGUGAAGCAGCCAGGCUGAGAUGGAAUCUAAAUACAACCAAGUCACCUGGAGGUGUACAGUUCUUCACAAGGAGCAGACCAAGAACUUGUCCAGUGCCCCCACCUCAUUCCCAGCCUCCCUCACCAAAUAUUAAAUAAAGAAAACAAAAACUGAACAGAGACCAGCAGCAAGGAGCAAUGUCAUGUAGUCAUACCCGUAGACUAGAUCCCAGCAGUUAACUUGAGAAACUCUCUUUUGUAGAGAAGAUAAAGGCAACACUACAUCCAACCUCUCCACACCUAUAUCAGCUCACUUCAUCCACCCUUUACCCAUGAUCACCAAAUAGUCUUUUGUAAGGAAAAAAGAAAAUAUUGUUAUGAAAUGAUGUAUUAUGUGAUGAUCAUUACAUGCUAAAAUGUUUUUGUUAUCUUUGUAGUUCAAAGCAGACUUUGUUUUUUUUCUUCCGGGGAGGAUGGGGCAGACUCGUACACUUUUUACUGCUACGUGUUAGGAAGGAAACAUUGGAUAAACUGACUUGGUGGGCUACAUCUGUUUGCCCAGAGCCUUCAGAGACCAUGUGAUGUCAUUCUGCAUCUAAUGGACAUGAAUGAAGAUGAACAGAGUGAAUGUAGGCUGUCCACCAUGUUAGAUAGUACUGUCUUCGCUUAUUAGUGCUUUCCAUUCAGCUCACUGAAUAUACCUUAACAGACUGCUCCAUGAUCAGGUCUUGUCACAGAAAUGAGAGUGUGUGAUUAUGUGGUACCUGUCCUUUUGUUUUUAACCUUUUACUAAUCUUGAUGCCAUCUUUCUUAUAAUCCUUGGGCUUAUCAACCUGUUCUUUGUGCUUUUUUAAUUAAUCCUGUCACUCUUUUAUUUAAAGCCUUGUCCGUUUCUGAAGCCGAUACAUACUUUUCUUUUACUGUUUUCUACUUUUUAUGCCAUUUCUCUGUUGCCAAAAGAUCAGGCAAAUAGACUAGCAAACAUUGGUGUAGUGCAAAUUUUUUUUUCCCCGUAAGAGGUUAUUUCUGUUGAGAUUAUGUCACUGUAUUGUGUUGAUACCUGACAAUCAUCACCCUCAUUUAUCAUAAAGCAGACUGUUUUUUUGUGUAAUUUAGACAUUUUGGCAAAUUGAACCCGGCCACACUGAAUUUGAUCCGUGUCCUCCUAAGUGAAGGGUUCCUAACAGUUUUCAUGGUACAGCAUUUCUGUCCAGCACAGUGUCACCCUUAGGUGGCACUACAACCACAUUCAGAAAGAUGGGGUCCUAAUGGAACACAUUCUGCCUGUGCUUAUGAGAUGAAUGGAGAUAAAAUUAGAUUUUAACAGAAUGCACUUACCGCUAUUACACUGAGGUUUCAUUGAUAUAUACUCUCCUUUUUAGUUUCAACUUGACCCAUAAUGCUCCCACACAGUUUCCAUGACCUAAUGAGCUCUGUCCUGCUUUACAUGUCAUUUUCAAGUUCUCUGGCUGUAUUCCAAUCCCAUGUUUAAAGAUUUACUAUUAGAAUUAUUUGGCUGACUUCUUGGAAAAAUCUGGUCUUAGGAAAAAAAAAUGUAUUUGUGUUUAUGGCCAGCUUUCAAUACAAUCUGUUUUUAUCUGUGUAGAUAUCAAAUCCAGCUUCUUUGUCACUCAACACUGCACAUGGCAAGUGCUUAGAUUUAUGAUUUACUUUUGAAAUUGUGUUGCCAAUGAAUCCACCAAGAAGUAUUUUUUUAGUAGCCCUGCAUGACGCCAUUUACUUCCUUUCAUAAAAAGGAAGGCAUGGCAAAAUGCUAGUGGAAAUUGUGUUAAUAUCAAAAUGUGCCAUUUUAUUAUAACACUAUAUUCUUUCAAGACAAUUGAAAUUACUUUUUUAUUUUCUGUAGCAUGUAAGGUGUUAAUAUACUAGUAAAUAAAGUCAAACCCAUGAAAAACAA